GCUAACGAGGUUCCCGUACCGAUAGGCCGACAGUUCGUGCUCUGCCAUGGUUGGGGUUAGACGUUUGAGGUCAGCGUGGCUGAGUCUGUGUCUGCUACUGUGUCUGCUGUUGUGUCUGCCAGUGUUUUCACAAGAUGUCGGGGAUAUGUCCGUUGAGUUUGAUGCGAAUGAGAUCAGUGACGUCAUCAACACGAGCUACUCAUGUCACAGUAACCCAGCCAUGGCAGUGGCAGUUGUCAAGGACGGUAAGGUGCUGUUAUCUAGAGGAUAUGGGACCUUUGGCCUUUCUUCAGAAAAACCUGUCACAGGGAAAUCUGUAUUUGGAAUUGCCUCUUUGUCCAAGGCUUUCACUGCAGCCCUGUUCUAUAAAUUACUUCGUGAGAAAACCAACAUAACUUUAGCUUCACCUGUGAGACUGUUGUUGGGCAAAAAAUUCAUGAUGCCGGAUGAAUUCCGCACAAAAGAGACAACUUUUGAGGAUCUAUUGUCUCACAAGACAGCUGUCCCUGACUACAACAGGCUUAGGUUCAACGACAACUUCACAAGACAAAAUCUCCUGGAAAAGUUGCAUCUAUUACAAACUCGAUAUCAGUUCCGGGUGAAAUACAUCUACAGCAACCUCAUGUACGGGCUAGUGACAAGAAUAAGUGAGAUUCUGGGGGGCAAGAAGUGGGAGGAGCUUAUGAAGGAGAACCUGUUUCAGCCACUGGGGAUGACCAGUACUACCUUUUCCACAGAGGCAGAUUUUAAUAGAGGAGACAUUGUAGUGCCUUAUGCUGAGAUACAUUCUAAAUUGGUGCAAGUAAAUCCCGAGUUCUCAAGAAGGUGGGCAGAUAUGGCUGGGUCCGGUUCUAUCAUGAGCAGUGCUGAUGACAUGGCUAAGUGGAUGAACUUUCACCUCAACGCAAGUCAAAACGGUACAGGUGACCAAGUCCUAAAGCCAGAACUCCUAGAUGAAUUACACGAGGGCAAGUUUUAUGUUGGGGAUGAAACAUCUAGCGAUUUAAAGUACCCACAAUUCCCUGUGGCUACUUCUGACAGCGUUUAUGGCCUAGGCUGGAGGAUUGGAUUUUUCAGAGGUUUUGAAAGAAUCAGCCACACCGGGUCAACUUUGGGCUACAGAGCAAUCAUAUCAAUCAUCCCUCGUCAAAAGAUUGGGAUCUUCAUCGCCAUGUCAGGCAGUGAUGACAGCUUCAGGCACCGCAUCCCCCUGCUGAUGUACCUGACAGACAGAGCACUGGGUCUCAAACCGUUCCUCAAUGCCUCAACGAUUUGUUCAUACCCUGAGCCGUGGAAACCUAAACCCAAACCAAAACCACCUGUUGUUUUCAAUGCCAAUGUGACACUUCUACAUGACAUUCAACAGUAUGAGGGAUUGUACUACAACAAACUGUUUGGAUAUUUGAGCAUCCAUUACAACAAGACCCUAGGACUACUGGUCAUGUCGUAUGGAUGGGGACAGUGGCAUCUGUACCUCCAAUCAGUGGAACAAAGGGAGAAGUUUUAUGGCAGGGGAAUAGGAAUCAAUGAGGCCUAUGACAUUAGUCCUGUCUAUUUUAACACAAAAACCAAAGACGGCAAUGUCUCCAUCAUUGGUAUGGAUGCCACGGCACUUGAAUUCAGUAUGCCACCAAAAUUUACUAAAGUCACAAACGACAAGGUGAAAGUGAAAGAAAGUAAUGCUCACCAAAUGACCAAAGUCAACUUGUAUGUACUUGCAUGCCUGCUGAUCUUGUUGGUUAUAUUAUAAAACAUCAGUUGUUUUACGUGGUUGCAAGUGUUAUAUAAUUGCCUUACUUUACAUAAUUAUAAAUACAAUUAAUAUUUAAAAAAUAAAGCUAAUGACAA